AGCGUCACACACCUCGAAAUGACUGCUGUGGUUGAAUGCGCAGAUGUUGUGAUUAUUGAAAAUAAGCCUCCAAUAGAGAAUGCGGCUACCGCUACGGGGAUCAAAUCAGAAGCUCCUUCAGACAUCACUGAGAAGACAGUUGACGCAAACAAAGAUGUGAACGCUGUAGUUGCUGUUAAGGAGCAGGCAUCAGACCUGAUAUCAGAAGAUCCGAAUGCAUGGCGACCGCACGUAAGCCUUUUUUCCACUUAA